ACUAUAAAUUUACUGUGAGGCCCUGAAAACAGAAUAGUAUAUAAUGGGUUUAGAAUAACUGAAGGCUACAAUGAUUAAAAUAAUUAUGCCUGGGGAUUUUACUCCUCCGCUCCUAUUCGUACGAUAGACGUAUUCUUGCUUAAGCAAGUGUGAUAAAAUCAACUUCGUAAUUUUUAGCUUAGAUUUUAGAGAUUGAAAGCUAAGCUUUCAUACAGCGGGAGACAUAAUUUUUUCGUUAAUUUGAUUUGAUUUCAGUUACUCAUAGUAAGCCUAGAAGUUUUGUUGGUCAUUACCCUUAACGCCAUGAAUCCAAUUGUUAUUUUAUUCCUUUCUGCCAUAACAAUGUUUACUGGUUGUUGUGUGGCAGGAGUUAUCCCGCUGGUUGUGACCUUAUCAGGGAGGAAACUACAGUUAGUGUCGGUGCUUGGUGCUGGCCUAUUAGUUGGAACUGCAUUAUCUGUAAUAAUUCCUGAAGGUGUCAACACACUGUAUUCAUCACAUUUAGAGAUACAAAGCCACAUUGAAAGAGAACACGAAAUAACAACUAACCAGACAGAGUUUCCAAACGUUCAAGAGAUGGAACACACAGAUCAUCAUCAUCAUCACUCACUUAUCGGGGAAGCCCACAUUUUAAUUGGUGUUACACUGAUUUUGGGCUUUAUCUUCAUGCUUUUGAUAGAUCAGAUAAGUUCAGCCCAUUCAAGACUUUCAAAUACUGAUACUAAAGAAGGGGAGGCUAAGCAAGAAGGCUACAACAUAACAACCACUAUUGGGCUAGUUGUUCAUUCAGCAGUUGAUGGUAUUGCCCUCGGAGCGGCGCUUAACACAUCACAUACAGAUAUAGAAAUGAUAGUUUUUAUAGCAAUUAUGCUACACAAGGCACCAGCAGCUUUUGGCCUGGUGACCUUUCUUUUACACGAAGGCUUGGACAAGAAACUCAUAAGGAGACACCUGUUGUUAUUUGCUCUUGCUGCACCUGUAUUGACUAUCAUAUCUUACUUUAGUAUAAAUCAGACGGCUAAGACGGCUAUGUCAACAUACAGUGUUACUGGAAUUGCUAUGUUGUUUAGUGCAGGGACAUUCCUAUAUGUUGCCACGGUCCAUGUGUUGCCAGAGGUGAUCAAGCAUUCUCACACUCAAUCUGCUAAUACAGAGUCUGUGCAGUCAAAACAAAAAGGUCUUAAAGUAAUGGAAUUAUUGGCAUUGAUAGUGGGUGCGAUUCUUCCUAUGCUGUUGUCUUUUGGACAUUAUCAUUAAGGGCACAAAGAAGACACACACAACACAAAAACAUUUGCAAUAUAUGUGUAUGUUAUUUUAUCCAGAUUUCUUGAGUGAGCAUUUAUAUGGAUUGAAAUAUGCUUCUACUUAUUAACAUUUAUUGUUUCAUUGGCAUUUUAUAAACAUUAUUCAUGGAUUAAGCAAGUAUAUCUCUGGUAAUUAAUAUGUUUUUUUUUUAUACUCGCUUAUAAAGCUUGUCCUAUAUACUUAUUCAGACCAUUAUUUGUAACAUAUGUUAGUUAACACUGUAUUUUAUUCAGAUAUAACUUAUAUAUGAAUUAAGAGCUUUCAUUCACAUGCAUAUAUGUUUGUUAAGGUUUUACUUCCGUUAGUUAUUCAUUAUAGGAUUGUGUUUGAAAUAUUAAUAUUUUCUUUGAAUUAUGUAGUUGCUUUGUCAGUAAUUGAUUUGUAUUAUUUGAAGAACAUGGAUUUGGUAUAUCUUACUUAAUUCUACUGCACAAAGUAUGUAUCUUGUUAAGAUAUUGUUCGCUUGUGAUUAAGUUGAUAUUUCACUGGUAGAGAAGCUGUAAUAAUUUGUAACCAUGGAUAUAUAUAAUGCAUUGCAUGUAUUUCAAAUGAGGUCAUGAAAGCCUCUGCAGCUAUUAUGUGUGAUUUUGAUUCUUUGUUCGGAUUGAGAGUGCAUUAAAUUUGGAAAAAAUGUCACAUUAUUGAUACCCAAAAAUGUAAUGUGUGCUUUGUUUUUUAAUAGUUUAUACAUUUAAUACUAUUGUUUUUAGAUUAUUUUAAACUGUUCAUUAAACUUUGGUUGGUGGGCUAUUGGUCAUUGUCUUGAACCCAUUCUAUCUAUACAGCCGAUGUUAAGCGUUGGUGGUAACAGAAGUUCUGAAUUGGUGUUAUUUAUAAAGAAUAAAUGAAAAAAUAUUGUAUUA